AUGGCUUCUAGAACAACUGCCCGGCCGCUCCAGAGCAUAUUAAGGCGUGCGCGGCCCAGCUGCGAAUGCGCCAGCGUGCAAUCAACCCGAAGACAAUGUAUACGACAAAUCUCAGCAACGACCACUAAACCAGGCGCCAAGUGGGAGACGGAGCCAGAUGAGAGGCCGCGAUGGUCAUAUACGCCAGAGGAGAUGAAGGCCCCCUAUCCCUGGAAACCAAAAGAUCCUGAGCGGCAGUUCGAAUGCAACAGCGACCCGAAACGAUUAGACAAAUUCUACAACAACUUUCUAGGCCCCGGAGGGGAUCAGGUUCUCACGGAUGAGGUCAAAUGGCUUGCAAUUACCCACAAAAGCUUUGAUCAAGGGCGGAGAGGUUUCAAUGAUCGUCUGGCGUUUUUUGGUCGGCGGAUUUUGAAUUUGCAGACAAAUAUAGCAUUGACUCGGUCAGGCAUGGCCACGAAGAUGCAAUCACGCCCGGCUCCUAAUGACAACCGCGAACCGUUUACACACCCUAAGUUAGAAGGAUUGGCGAACUUGUCUGAUAUGCCGCUUGGAAAAGUCUUGACGAAGGAAAGACUUGCAACAUUGGCCACAGCAGCUGGCAUGCGGGAGAUCAUGAGGUGGCAACCAAGAAACCCCGAUAGACUCGCUACAUCGGGAGUCGACGUGGUUCUUAAUACUGGGAUUUAUGCGAUUAUUGGAGCUAUUGCGUUGCAGAAGGGCGGAGCUUAUGCAAACGAUGUUGUGAGGGAGAAGAUUUUGAAGCCUCUGGGAAUCUCAUAG